UAGUAAUGAUCGUCCAGUACUAUUUAACGUUGUGUAUAUCUAAUUUUGUGAGACUGGAUAAACCCGAUGUUUAGCAGAUGAUAAAAAUGGAGGAAAAAGCGGAAGAAAACCAGGAAAAUGUUGCAGGAAAUGGGGAUGAAGUGGAAAGGACGGUGGAACAGCUGCUUGCAGAAGUUGCAAUCGAUUACAGAACCUAUCUAAACUUUGAUAUUUCUAAAGAACAAGGUAAAUAUUAUGAAAGUAUUGAAGGAAUGCUGACAAAACUUGAUGAGUUUUGUGGAUUAGUUGAUUUGAUUCGUAGUGAUACAAAUCUGUGUUUAAAUACAACUCUACCAAGAAUUCAUGAAAAAAGCAGUGAAAUUAGAAAUAUAUUUGAGAAAAUAGAUAAUUUAGAGAAAUUUGUGGGGAUUGUAAAACAGAAUGUUAAUAUGAUGGAAGAAAAAGUGAAUGACGCAGAAAAAGAAGUUGGUGGUUCAUUUGGUUCUGGAAUCAUGAAGAAACUUUCUUCCAUUGUUGGUUCCAAAAAGAAUGUAGAAAAGAAGAAAUACGUUUAUGAAGAACCAGUCAUUUUUAAUACAGAUGAUUAUUUCCCUCAACAUUUGGAUUCAGACCAGUCAAAAAAUACAGUUGACCCUCCAGUAGUUAGUAGUACAGCAUCAUCUUUAGACAAGACGUAACCUUUGACCUGGGAUUUUUUUAAGCUUACCUAUUUAUUAUGUCUUUCAGUCAUUAACCCAUUGUACCCGAUAGCGAAUCAUUAACCCAUUGUACCCGAUAGCGAAUCAGUACGUACCCUUGCAUUAGCCGAUAGCGAAUCAUUACCCUUUCAUAGCCGAUGGCGAAUAAUAGCGCGACAAAUCAUUCUUGACAUCAGUAUUAGCGAACAAAAGCGCGAGAUCAAUCAAUUGUUUAUUUAUUUAUUUACUUCUUAAAUUAAUACUGAUUGGGUGAUAAAAUUAAACCAUCCAAUAAUAAGGAAUAUUAUAUUCGCUAAUUGUCCAAUAGAAAUGAAUUGUUUUAACAAAGGAUCACCGAGAAUUUUCGUAAUAGGUCAGAGGUGAGAAUUCUCACCGUGUCGGCGACUUUGGCACCAUUCCAACAUUAUUAAGACAUAACUUAUGGCUGAUAAUUCUAUGAUAUGGAGAUUGAUAUGGAAUCAGAAUAUUUAUUAUUUACUGCCAUAUAGUGGAAUAUGAUAAUGUCGAAGAAAUAAACUAUUUAUUUUUAUUUUUGAUGUUAUCAAGUGAAGAAUAUGAAUACUCCAGCUGCGAUCAAGUUUGUUUGCCGCCAUCUUGUACAUGCUUUCAGUCUUACAGAUAUACAGCAAAACUUACAGCUAAUAAUUCUAGAAUAAGGAAGGCUAAAUUGAAUCAAAACUUUUAGGAUUUAAUACAAACUACAUAGAGAAAUAUUACAUUGUUGAAGGUUUCAAAAAUAUAUUUUUAUUUUUGACGGCAUGAGGCAAAGAAAACAACAAUUCCCGCGAAAUAUCCAAAGGCAGAAAUGUCGAUAGUGAUGAAGUGAUGGUCAAUUGGUUCAAUAUUUAUUUUUAAAAGUUAUAUACAUGCAUUUACUUCGAACACUGAACAUUAAUUGGCUUAGGGAGAUGGGCCCUGUUGAUUUAUUGAAUUCUAGGGAUAGGUUAGCUAAUCUGUUAAUUGGCUCUAGGGUACAAUGGGUAGCUGGGGGGUUGGAUGGCUGAAUGGUUAGCGUGCGCGCGCUGUAUCAUAAAGUCUUGUCAUUGAGUCGACUGGCGUGGUUUCGAAUUCCUGGUUGUACGUGGCAAGAAGUAGGGUCGCCUGUCCAACCUUGUGGGUUUUCUCCAGGUCCUCCGGUUUCCUCCCACUGCUAAAGACCCCUACACGUAAGUGAAUUAUGUAAAUAAAAUUAAACCAUAUGUUAGUCCCGAAAUGACCUAGUUUGUGUCGAGUGGACGUUAAACCCAUUUCUCUCUCUCUCUCUCUCUCUCUCUCUCACAAUGGGUAACUAAUCUGUUAAUUGACUUUAGGGUACAAUGGGUUAAACAUAUAUCAUAUAAUCAUAUUGUCAGGGCUGAUAAUAACUUAGUCUUCAGUCUCCAACACAGAUUCGAUUGGAUUUUAAAAGUUUUCCCAUCAAAAUGCCACCUAAAUCUGGAUUUGGAGACUAGAAUAAACAUAAUGAUCAAGAAUAACGUGUUUUUUUAGUCUGUAAAAUAGUUGGGUACGAAAAUGGCCAUGAUUUAGGAGCUUAGAUAAUUAACUCAUAUUAAUUUGAUAACUUUAAAAUUUUAACAGUUAAAGGAAAUUCUGACUGGCUGUCAGCCCUGAUCAUUAUGUUCAUUAUUAAUUGAUUUUAUAAGUUUUUAAUUGUAAAAUACGACCCAUCCCAUUGAAAUGAGUAGGAAGUAGUAAUUUGGCCAUAUUGAGUUAUGCAAAUAAUCACAUUCCUUCUGUUCCAAGCUUUGUUUUGGUACCAUUCUGUCAUGUUCGUGUUAGAAGUUACAGAAAAUUAAAGUUUUUGACUGAAAUUCAGCCAUUUUUUGGGGGUAUUGUUCACAAAUCGUGGUUACAAACAUCUAUAGGAUUAUAUUUUCAUCAAAUCCAUUCUUGGAAUAUUUGGGUAUUUAUGAAGCAUUUUUUGUGGAGAUCUAAGAGUCGACCAAAUUUUACAUACAAGCACAAAACAGGCCUAUGCACCUUUCUACCUGUUUGGAUGUGAUGGGGAGGCUAUCAGAUCAGUGGACUCAUUCCAUUCAUAUUUGCGAGGUUUUAACUGACCAACAGUGUAAAUAACUGGCUGGAGAAUUUAUCUGUCAGUCAUUUUAAGCUUAAAGAUGCAUCAUUAUUUAAGAGUUCAAUCGGCUUAUUGCAGGUUUUUUAUUUUGGCUUCAAUGUUAUAUAAACUAUUAUUUAGACAUUUAUUCACAUUACAAGCCUAUAAUCAUCGGAUGGCAGAGAUUUAAACAGAUUAAAAUACUCAUAAUAACAUAACGUUGUGAAUUUAUUACUUCUUGGUUUAUUACAUACAACGUUUCAGCAAUCUUACAGGUAUCUUUAUCAAGCAAUGUUAGAGAGUUUUCACAACUUUACAUUUAGAGAAGCGAAAGUGUAACUGUACAUUAUGAUGUUUCGCUAAAUUCACACUUAGUAGGUGGCGACACAAACUUGGUCCACGAUCUCGAAAAGCCUUCAUCACGGAUAGAUUGUUAAAGAUGAGAUUAGUAAAGCAUGUACAUUUUUUGUCUCAGCCUCUUCUUGUUUUAUAUACAAGAAGGAGAAGGUCUUCUCUCUGUGGAUUUAGUUUGUGAAAACCACAAUUCAGAGAAAUAUUAUAGACUGGAGCAUAGAUAUUAAACAAGGUUUAGCUAAGUGUUGUGAACUUACAGUUAUGGAGGCUGCUAUCCGUAAAUUACACUUUUAUGACGUGCAUUUCACGUCAUACGUCACAAAAACUGAUGACCUUUAACCGUCCAAGUGUAAAUGUAAAGUUGCAAAACCUCUUUAAUAAACUAUAAAGAAGUAAAUCUAUAUAUGUUAUACCUCUAAAUAUCAUUCAAGAAUAAGGUUGAUCGCCAUUUAAUUAUUUCAAGGCUUUUUAGACUUACAAGGUAAUAAAUACUGUUAUUUGUUUUGUUUUUGAUUUUUUAUGCGUAAAAACAUUUAUAAAUAUAUUGUAAAAAAGUGGAUUGUAUUAACAUAUAUCUUGCUAAUUUGAUGUAAACAAAAUUAAAAAAAAACCGAUAGUAUCUUAUAUCACUGAAUGUUUAUUAUAUGUCAUCUUAUUAUCUAUAUCAAUCUUAUUAAAAUACCCGGUGGGGGGAAGGGAUGGAUGGCCGAAUGAUUAGCGUGUAUCAUAAGGUCUGUCAUUGAGUCAACUGGUGUUGUUUCGAAUUUCCUUUUGUACGUGACAAGGAGUAGGGUUAGCUGUCCAACCUCUUGGUUUUCUUCGAGUCAUCUGGUUUCCUCCCACUGCUAAAUACCCCUACAAGCAAUCCGCAAUCGAAUUAUGGAAAUAAAAUUGAAUCAUGUGUUAAUCCCGAAAUGACCUGGUUUGUGUCAAGUGGACGUUAAACUCUCUCUCUCUGAUUACAAUACAGAUCUAUAUUUCAUUUCCUUUUAUACUUUCGUUGGCCUCUACUACAUCUGACUAGUUUAGUAGGUGGUCACGUCAGGGGUCAUACGAGCGGGUUUUGACCCUAUGACUUCAGACAUUUGAUUAACCAAUCCGCGUUGAUCUUUCUUGUGGGAUACCCACAAGGGCACAAUUGCGUGCAUGGCAUGCGGAAAACUUACAACAACAGACUGUUUCAUUGGCUAAUCCCUCACAUCAAUCAGAAUACCGGUUAUAUAACAACUCUUCCAGAUUCUAGUGUAGUAAAGACAAGUAAAACGAAAUUUUUAACUAUAAAAAAACGAAACGAAAUAGAAUCUGUGUUAUAAUCAGAUUGUAUCUUUGUGAUAAACAUAUUGAAUUAAUGUAGUCUUGAUAAACAAGUCCAUUUUACCAAUGAAAGUCUUCAACAAUUUGUUAUAAAUUUGAUUUCUUGUUGGUGGAGCAAGACCAUCCGCAGUCGAAAAAAAAUGAGAAUUGAAGUGACAGGGAGAGGUUAACAUAUAUGGAUGAAUUAUAGAAAUAAUCCCACAUAACAACAUAACGUUAGAUUUACGUAAAUUUUACGUAAAUAUGAUCAGUUUACCAUCACCUUGUCACUAUAAGGACUAAUUCUUAGAUUUACAAUGUUUAACCCGACUAUUAGUUUUGCGUAGAAUUUACGUAAAUAUGGUCGGUCAAGUUAACCAUCACCUUGUCACUGUGAGGACUAAUUCUUAGAUUUACAAUGUUUAACUCGACUAUAUUGCUGGAUAUUAGUAGAAUGGUUCAGUAUAGUGAGAAUUCAUAAUACUCAAAUAAAUAAAUAGUUUUUUUCUUUCAUGACAGAUGUUAAAAUACUCAUGUAAUCUUUGAAUGACAUUUCAAGGUUUGAAUUUGACUGAAAUAUGCUUAUGGUUCAAACUUCUUAAAUUAAUAUGAAAAUAAAAUGUUUCAGUCCUCAUUCAUGCACCAUUCUUUUUGGAACAUUGAAAAUGUCAUAAAAAAAUGAAGUUAAAAAUAUGAAUCAAAUUUUAAUAGGAUAUAUUUAUUUAAAGUCAUAAGCAAGGAAAAACAACAUACAUUCCUGUACUAAAACAUACUGUAUUCAUUUAUAUAGAAAUCCUUAUAUGGCAUUUAGUAAUUGAAUAUAUAAUAAUAACACACAAUUUAUAUGGAAAACAAUCACUGAGUUUAAUUUUUUACACUAUUUACUUGAGAACAACAAGAGGAACUUGUUGAAACAUAGUGUGAAAUAAACCCAAUGAUUGUUUUCCAUACAAAUUGUGUUUUAUUAUUUAUAUAUAUUAAUAACGUCAUUUGUUUUCUGUUGAUUUCAACGUAUCAUUAGGAUCUGUGACAUGUCACAUGUUCUGAACUGUCUCAUGUCAAUAAAUCAUCUUAGAUUUAGAUGCUCUGACUGGACUAAUAAAGACGGGUAUAUGCCAUACAGUGAGGAACUUUGUUUAUUUGUACCAUCCGAACGACUAUUUGUUGUCCCUUUGUUCUGCUCUGACUGGGCUAAUGAAGACAAUCAUAUGCCAUACAAUGCCCUAUGAGGGACUUCGCUAAUUUUUUGUACUAUCCUAACAACUAUACAUUGUCCCUUUUGAUGUGAAACAGAGAGCAAAUAUCAACAUUGCGUCCCUCGCUAAAUGUAGAGAUAUAGAACAUGUUGUAAAUGUUGUUACUUAAAUACAUGUAUGUAGGAGAUCAGGAAAUAUGUAGAAAUAUCAGAUAUCUGGAAAUAUUGCUUUGAUCCACAAUAUAAAAUAUUGUAAAAUGUCAAUUUAUGUAUUGCUUUUAAUUGAAUAUGAUUAUAUUUGUAUAGCCAUUAUGGAAGUAUGCAUUAAUUAUAUAUGAUUAUGUAAAUAUAAUACAGAUAUAAAGAAAUGUAAUUGAAUUGUU